AUGGACAAUCAAGGCGAUUUAUUUAAUGGAUGGCAAGAGUAUAUGUCUCGAGAAGACCCUCCCGCUUGGACGCAUCCAGCAUUCACGGAUGCUGCCCGAAUUGCCAACGCGACACGUACCCAGUACAUGCAACAUGCCGCUCGUUGGCAGGCGCAGCAAAGGCAAGGGCAGGGCCAACCCGGACAUCAACCAACACCUGGACACGCCUCAUACUCUCAAGAAGAUAGGGAUGACCUCUUUCUUCAAGGUUCCUAUAGUCACCGCCAUCCGGUGCAAGCUGGAGAAACAGCCGGAGAUCUCCCGGGGCAGUCAAACACGGAAGCUUCGAACCAACAAUGUGUGAGACCUUCAGAUCUCGGACCAUCGACUUCACACUAUUCGUCGAACUUGUCUCGCCGGACUGAUAUUCCCUUCACCGCGUCGGCGCAAUCACAAAAUACUGUUCCCACACAGGCAUCGCGGCCGACAACGACUCGGGAUGGAGGCGUGCAAAGUCCCUUUCAGCGCCACUCUCAACCAUCGCCUAUUGGCAGCUUUUCUCAUCCUAGAAGCUUUACUCCAAGCUACACAGGCCCAGCACACAGUUCGACUCCUCCGCAGCCGAGUCAGCAUACCACAGCCUCCAAUCGACCAACUGGCCCUCCCGAUCAACAGCGCGAUCGCCAGGGCUCUGCGAAACCUCUUGACCGAUCCAAAUCAAUGGGCCAGACCAACACAAUGCAAAACCGUCGAGAAAACUUCAUUCGUGACGAAAUUCAGCCAGUGACUUCCCCAAACCGAGACCCCCACACCUCUGCAGCUCGAAGCACGCUAGAGCCUGAUCCCACCAGACAACCUCAAAAAAAUGCUAGAGUGGCUAUGGAUCAACAUAGAUCAUCCAUACCCCCACGCAUUAAUUCUGCUCCAGUCUCGACUUCACCCCGAAGCGCUCAUACAUCUACCGAGUCAGCGGUGCGUGGUUCUUGGAACCCCAAGACCUCCACAAAUCUUAACGAUGCCGCCGUUCGCAAGAUCUCGACAACCUCUACAUCACAGACUCCUGUUUCUUCUAAGCCAGCUCAAUCAGCUGCUUACAAUAGCUUGACAAGCACAGAUAAGCACCGCCCUGUCCCAUCUAAGGAACUACCAUCAAAGGGAGGUUUCCCGCCAUCGACAUUCACGCCUAAACAAUUUGAGCCGUCACGCUCGAAGCAGGCCGUACCUGAGGUUCAAACCCCCUCUAAGACCGCGCCAAAUCUUCCUUCGGCUCGACCAAGCAAUGAUAAAAGGGCCGAUAAGGGAAUAUCAGCUCCAUCUAAUCCGACUCCUCCUCAGCCCUUUCGACCAGUACCGGAGCCUACACAAGCUCAUGGAAUGGCUACACCUUCUGUGCAAAACACGAAAGCACACGUACGACCAAGGCCUUCAUCGCCCCCUAGAGAUCUACCUGCAAGAGCUUCUAUUGGUGCCCAUUCCGCUAGCGGUUCGAAGCCAUUGGGUGAUGUCCAAAUUACUCAAACAUCGCGAGCGGCUCAAAUCGAUAUGCCGGUUACGGCAUCGAAUUCUUUACAAUCGCCUGGUCAAAUUAUACAAAGGUUUUCAGACCAACGGCCUUCAAUCAUACACCAACAUCCCAAACAACAUAACUGUGUCCCCGGUAGUGAUACAGUCCCACCUUCUACCCAUCAGCGUCAACUUCCAGUGAUGAGAAACUUUGACGGGGCAGCACCGCCUCCAAAAAAGGCACGUAAGCUUGACGAUGGCUCUAAACAGGUCUCUAGUCCAAAUACGGUCGACCCCGUAGUUCCUAUUAAGAGACGCAUUCGCCACAAAGCAUUUCAAACUAAGCUUCGGCAGCGGCAUGACCUAGUCAAGCGACUAGAUCCCAGCGAGGUAGACCACAAGGACGAAUACAAUCCAGCUACUAUCGCACGGGAUGUGCUUGUUACUAGUGCAAAGCAUCCAUACCAGGAGGUGCUGAACCACCAUCUCUUUAUUCUCCUCAAGAACCUCCCUACAAUGGAUACUUCGUCAGAUUUGGAUACAGUUCGGUGGGAUCUUAUCGAUCCAGUCAUUCCACGUGAUCCGGAACUUUCAUCUAACCCUCACCCUCCUCACCGCCCAUCACCUCCGCGUCCACUCACGCAAUCGCGUCCAUCCGUGCAAUCGCGUCCAUCCGUGCAAUCGCUCGACGCGACAAGAUUGUCAUUCCCGAGUGUGCCAGGUCUUCUUUCGCGCCCACACCAUCCUAUCCCGCUGCCAAAAUUGCCUCUUAACAGUCAAAUUCACCCCCACCACUCUCAACCCAACACUGCAUACAUUCCCUACAUCCAUCCUCUACCCCCACUCUCGCCUCCACAAGUUGUCUCAGUUGUCUCAGUUGCUCCAGUUGCUCCAGUUGCUCCAGUUGCUCCAGUUGCUCCAGUUGCUCCAGCUCCCCCAACCCCGAAUGCCGAAGCUCUUAUCCCAUCAGUUGAACGGAUCGACUAUAAAUCAAGCCCAUCAGCAGUCACUCCAGCUGUGAGGUCAACUCCUCAAUCCAACCCCAAGACUGUUCACUCCACGCCUCCUUCAGUUAAAGAACCUUCUCUAUCCUCGCAGACCAAAGGUCACCCCAAUUUACAAGUGGUUAUUCAGUCUCCGCAGAAAAUGCCUCCGGUUAAGAAGCGAGUGGGCCGUCCACGCAAGGAAGAUAGGGCCGCCAAUUUCGAAGUAGCUAUUCCUACUAGCUCAGACAAAGCGACCCCGCAAUUUCCAAUAUUCAAUUGCGAGUGGGAGGGGUGUCCGGUUGAGCUUCACAACCUGCCUUUACUUCAGAGUCAUGUCAAAAAUACCCAUAUCCCUCUCUGUCUCACUUGUGAGUGGAAAGGCUGCACUGACCGCAAUCCAAAAGCAUCGGCAGCCAUGGAGGAUCAUGUUCGAGACGUGCACAUCAGCAAACUUGCCUGGGCUUUAGGAGAUGGUCCCACAAUGUGUUCACCUGGUGAGAAAUCUAAUAUGCAAGUUUGA